AGGGCAUAACGGUGGGCGUCGCAGGCCAUGUUCGAGUCCAUCGCCGCCGCCGGCGUAUCCUUACGUGCACCAAGAAUCAAACUUGGCCGCCUUAUGCCGGCCGGAACGAGGGCAUGGCAUGCAAUGUUCUUCGCUAUACUGCUCUCCCUGGCCGCCUAUUUCUCUGUGGUGUCGUGCAAGAUCGAGGAACCGACCAAGGUGAUCCAGAUGGAGCGGAUGCAGAUCGAUGCAAACCACGGAAAGGAACGAAGUGAUGGAUCGGUAGGCAUGGUCUCGAGGAGUCCUAGAUCGACCAUGGAGACGACAAUGAGUCAGAAAAUCAAGACCACGGGCGAGGAAGAGAAGGCGAUCGAGCGUGAUGUCCAACAACCGGAAGGGGCUGAUCAUCACCGAGGCGAAUUCUUGGACAAGGAGAACAUCCGGAGAAGCGACCAAGCUGAACCCCAAGAUAUGCAAGCAAGACCUACGUGGAAAACAUUGGAAUUCCCAAGUGACAACGUGCUACUGCUCCAGUGCUCCGGUGAUGAGCUCACAGUGCGUAUCCGGCCGCGUUUGGACGGCUUCGAGGAGUACUAUGUGCGCAUCGCCAGUGGCGACCUGUCAGACGUUUGUGCUAGACGUCUCGAGAGGCCAUCUAUGUAUGAUGCAGGCCCGCACUACCACGCACUGUUCUGGUCGCUCCCCGAGGAGGAAGGCCUGGUACCGGUGCCGCCGCCGGAGGUGGCCCAGACCACACUGAUAGAAGAGGAGACGCCGGAGAGAUUCACAUUCUCCACCGAUAUUGUGGUGGUCUACCGGCCAACGACCGAGCAGAAAAGGAAGAUUCACAUCCUGGCGCGCGAGGCGGUGGAGUUUCGACCUGCCGUUGGGGAGGAACUGGAGGCCGUUCGUGCUCUCAGUCCGGACUCUAUCAUCUUUUGGACGAAAACGCCGUAUACAACGUACAGAACUUUUGUUGCCAGUCAAUGAUAUCUGGAGCUUCCCCGCAAACAAAAAAAGUGAUAUCUGAAGCAAACUAUACACUGAUCGUGCCCGUCGUAUACUUAAUCGUGCGGUGGCCGAUACCCUCAAGUUGAGCCCAUGUCGCCAUCAGAAAUUACGUUCCUGUUAGACUUUGUAUUGGAUUAGACUUGUAACUUGUAGCUUCUGCAUAUACCUUAUUUAUACAUUGUACACUGUAUCACCUAAAA